CCUCCUCCUCCUUCUGUGUGUGGCGAGAAAACGAUUGUUUUUAUAUCUGUCUGCCUAAAACCGCAAAUCGACCUAGCGCAGACAAUUAAAUGUCGACCAAUUCUACCGUUCUGAAAAUGUGAUGGAUUAUAACGGUUUGCUCCCGGAAGAGCAGGUUCAAAUGCAUAAUCGAGGUAGAUAAGAGUCGCGGAUAAACAAGGGGUAUGGGUAGCACGCGAGCGGAGAGCACUUGCAGAAGACAAAGGUAACUGUGCUGCGAACUAUGUGAUGAAUUCACAGUCCAGAAGAGCAGCUGGGAGUGUGGAGGCACAGUUUGGGGAAAAUAACUAGAGAGAUUGGCUUUUAAAAUACGACCAGAGCGACAUGCUUUCUCUGUUUCUCUCAGUGGAAUCCACAAAUGAACUCUCGGCGGUCGGAAAGCAUAAAAACCCUAAUAUGACGAUGCCCUGAAAUGGUAAUGACAGUCAGUCGUUAGGAGAAGCUAAACCUUAAUGCUAGAGAUAUAUAUGCUAUUCGUUGAUAGAAGCAGAAAACGUAACACAAAGGAGAGAUUCGUUUCAAAACACAUUACCAGGAAACGGUGAUGGUUUGACAGGCUAUAUCUUAGAUGUUUGAAGGGACAUGCAUUUGAUUCUUUGCGCUUCAAGUCAGACAUCGAACUCAAGCCACGAACGCUGGCACUGAACUCUACAACGAAACGCACAAACCACUGUAGAGAUUGAGUGGCUUUUCCCACAUUUUUCUCAUGCUAAGUGUGUAUACUUGAAGACUUCACAUGUUGAUGGAAGAGACUGACAUAGAUCUAACGACGCUAUAGUUUCAACGAAAGCACUCAACGGAUUGGCUGUCUAUUCACUUCGGCACCUCAGCACAGAGCGUUCUACGAGGCUUCCUUCAGCACCUCAGCACAGAGCGUUCUACUAGGCUUCCUUCAGCACCUCAGUACAGACCAUUCUACUAGGCUUCCUUCAGCACAGAGCGUUCUACUAGGCUUCCUUCAGCACCUCAGCACAGAGCGUUCUACUAGGCUUCCUUCAGCACCUCAGUACAGACCAUUCUACUAGGCUUCCUUCAGCACCUCAGCACAGAGCAUUCUACUAGGCUUCCUUCAGCACCUCAGCACAAAGCAUUCUACUAGGCUUCCUUCAGCACCUCAGUAUAGACCAUUCUACUAGGCUUCCUUCAACACCUCAGCACAGACCAUUCUACUAGGCUUCCUUCAGCACCUCAGCACAGAGCGUUCUACUAGGCUUCCUUCAGCACCUCAGCACAGAGCGUUCUACUAGGCUUCCUUCAGCACCUCAGCACAGAGCGUUCUACUAGGCUUCCCUCAGCACAGAGCGUUCUACUAGGCUUCCCUCAGCACAGAGCGUUCUACUAGGCUUCCCUCAGCACAGAGCGUUCUACUAGGCUUCCUUCAGCACUACGGACAGCUACCAAAAUGACACGGCUGCGCAAGAAAGCUUUCAUUGCACUUUUCUUAUUCACCCUCUUCAUCUUCGGGACCAUGAUGGGCCUCAGGACACUGAAACCCAGCGAUGGCUUCUCAGACCUGGCCCCGGGAAUGGGAGAGUUUGUGGGGGAAAGAGGAGGUGACCGGCGACGGCCAGUUUCAAACGACAUGGUAGUUUCCCCUGGUCAGCCCCAUCUAGCCAGUGACACCAAAGUCGUCUUCACAAAAUCCGACCGUGACUACAGUAUAUUCUACGAUGUACAAAUCUUCUAUUACCUGUGGUAUGGCACCCCACAGAUGGACGGUAAAUAUAUUCACUGGGACCAUGUUCUAGUGCCGCACUGGGACCCUAAGAUCGCCGCCAGCCACGCCAAAGGAAGACAUAGUCCUCCGGAGGACAUAGCGUCGAGUUUCUACCCGGAGCUAGGACCAUACAGUUCCAGAGACCCCACCGUGCUGGAGUCACACAUGUCGCAGAUUGAAGCGGCUGCAGCAGGGGUACUGGUUCUGUCUUGGUACCCGCCUGGCAUUGCAGACAACCAUGGUGAGCCAUGUGAAGACCUGGUGCCUGCUGUCAUGGACGCUGCCCACAGACACAGCAUCAAGGUGGCGUUCCACAUCCAGCCGUACAAGGGACGGACUGACCACAGCAUGUACGAUAACAUCAAAUACAUAAUUGACAAGUAUGGGAACCAUGGCGCCUUCUACCGCUUCAGGUCGACCACGGGGCGGAUCCUUCCUCUGUUCUAUGUCUACGACUCCUACCUGACCCCGCCUGAGGCCUGGGCCGACCUGCUCCACCCCGCCGGCGCCCACACCCUCCGCGGUACGCCCUACGAUGGCGUCUUCCUCGCCCUGGUCGUAGAGGAACGCCACAAACACGACAUCCUGGCCGGUGGCUUCGACGGCAUGUAUACAUACUUUGCCUCCAACGGCUUCUCCUUCGGCUCCUCUCACCAGAACUGGAAGGCGGUCAAGGACUUCUGUGACGGUAAUAACCUCCUGUUUGUGCCCAGCGCCGGGCCGGGAUACGUUGACACCGCAGUGAGGCCAUGGAACAACCACAACACGAGGAACAGGGUCAACGGACGCUAUUAUGAGACCAGCCUACAGGCUGCGCUGUCGGUGCGGCCGGAGAUCGUGACCAUCACGUCGUUCAACGAGUGGCACGAGGGGACACAGAUUGAGAAGGCGGUGCCCAGGAAGACGGUGACACGGCUGUAUCUGGACUACCAGCCCCACCGGUCAGAUCUAUACCUGGAACUCACCAGGAAGUGGGCCGAACACUUCAACAAGGAGAAAGACAAGUGGCUCAUGUAGAGGACAGGAGUCCUGACUGGACUGGGUCGAUGGGAAUAAUACCUUUUGGGUGUGACUGGAGCGAGUAAAACUGAGGAGCUUUUCACAUUUCUGAGCUGAGCCGAGCCAAACUAUACUGAGCUGUCCUGGUUAGUGGUUACUAUCCACCAUAGUCACUGGAACCUGCUGAAACAUUUUUAAAAAUUGAAAGAAAAUAGCACAGCCAACACAGUUUGGUUCAGCAUGGUAGUGAGAAAAGGGUUUGGAGUGGCCUCAUUGCUGGGUAUUUUGGGUCCUUGUGAAUAUAAACCAUAUUUAUUUUGACAGUGAAGCAAAAAAAUGUCAAUUUGGCCCCAUACUCCAGCAUUUUGGAUUUGAGAUUUGUUUUUAAUAUGAGGCGAGAGUACAGCAUGUCACCUUUUAUUUGAGGGUAUUUUCAUACAUAUGUUUUACCAUUUAGAAAUGAAAACCUUAAUGUAUCUAGUCCCCUCCCCAUUCAAAUGUGUUUUUUCCCUCUCAUAAGUAUUUGGACAAUUGAACUUAUAGCAUAUUAUUCAAACGUUUAGUAUUUGGUCCCAUAUUCAAAGCACGCAAUGACUACGUCAAGCUUGUGACUCUAUAAACUUGUUGGAUGCAUUUGCAGUUUGUUUUGGUUGUGUUACAUAUUAUGUGUUACAGAUUUUGCCCAAUAGAACUGAAUGGUGAAUAAUGUACUGGAGUCACUUUUAUUGUAAAUAAGAAUAGAUGUUUCUGAACACUUCUACAUUAAAUGUGGAUGCUGCCAUGAUUAUGGAUAGUAAUGAAUAUAUCCUGAAUAAUGAUGAGUGAGAAAGUUACAGAGGAACAGAGAUCAUACCCACCCCAAAAAUGCUAAUCCUCCCCUGUUAUUGGUAAUGGUGAGAGCUUAGCAUAUAUAUUUUUCUGGGGGGGUAUACACUUUUGACUACUUUAAUACACUACAAGUGAAUUUGUCCAAAUACUUAUAAGAAUAUGUAUUUUAUUCAAAUGGGGGGACUACAUACAGAAGUGUUUUAUUUCUAAACUGUAAAACUGAUACGUAUGAUACGUAAAAUGCCCUCAAAUAAAAGGUGACAUUCAGUAGUCGCCUCACAUGAAACAUUUGAUCUCAAUUCCAAAAUGCUGGAGUAUAGAGCCAAAUGUACACAUUUUAUCUUCACUAUCCAAAUAAAUACAAGUAGCGUAUGCUUUUCAGUGGAGCAAGUGGGACUGAGACUGCUCACACCAUUGGCUUAGCAACAAUUCCACCUUGCCUAUCAUUGGGCAAGAUGAAGGUUGCUUACACCAAUCCAAUCCUCUCAGAUCUGCAGAAGCAUCUAGGGGGAGGGGGCUAGGGGUUGGUUUGGGAUUCAGGGUACACUCAUGAUUGAACCUGUCUCUGUUUUUGUCAACUCUUCUGUUCUUCUCUCAAAUGAACUUUUCCAUUUAUGUGAAUUUCAUCCCGAUGCCUGUUUUUUAAUUAUUUUUAUUUUACAUCUGAAUACACAACACAAAUACUUUUGUACAAAGUUUCAUUGGUUGGUUUAAGUCAACUUAUGUUAGUGCCAAGAAAUAGCCUGUUUUGAGUGACUUUCAGAUGAGUUCUGUUGUGAUGAUCGCCACAGUAAUGAUAUAGCCACUGGGGUUUGUGUAGUGUGGGUGAGCUUGGAGACAUUCUGACAUUGAGGACUUAUUCUUUCCUGUAAUACUUUUAAAUGGUGAAAAAUAAACGUAUUGUCUGGUUA